UCUUCAAUUCCCAAUCGCUCUUUGCGUGGAAUAAUUGUUCUUGGGAGUUCUAUUAAAGUGUCUCAAAAUACCUCUUUCCCCGGCUCGAUAUGGUGCUCAGUGUGUUCCCGGUUAUGCUUUUAUCUCUCCUUACCUAGAACAAAUGCUGUACUAUUUCCGUGAUUCAGCGUGCUAGUAACGGCGCAAAAACUAAAUAAAUUGAGUCACGUUUAUCAUUUCAUAAAGAAAGAUUUAUUUGCUUAUUUUACGAACGCGCCUUGCGUGAGUUUGUGCAUGUUGUGCGUGUGUGUGCAGUUGACGUUUCUUGAACUGUCAUUCACAACUGGGCUAGAGGACGAUCAUCAGCAACAAAAACUUUGUGCUUCCACAUCAGAAGAGGCGAACGCACGCACUUUGCAAAAACGCAUUUGCUUUUAAAAACAACUUUCCUUUCUCCGCGUUUGGUUUUUGGUGCCAUAUGCCUUAGGAAAAGUGUAACAGGCUUGUUUUUGUUUGUAGUUAAAACAUUGGCAACCUAUCCGAGCUCUGGUAGUUUGUAGCAGGUUUCGUUUAAUCAUCCCUACGGCAAUGUGCAAUCAUGAAUGUGCAGGAUGGUAUUAAUGCUGCAUUUUCCGUACUCGUUUCGGUGCUUAUAGUGAUAGUGUUGGUUUCAUUAGGUUGGUAUCUAGUCUGGAAGUUGUUUCUCUCCCGGUUCAAGUUGGUCCGUGAGCUGCUUGGCAUUGCUCAAUCGAACGACCAUUCGCCAGCACACAGCUUGGGCAAGGAUUACACAACGGCGGGCAGUGCUGUCGGCGGCAGUAAUAGCUUCAACAAUUUAAACAUCGAUAAUAGAAGGUCCCGCAAGGCGCGAAGAGAUUAG